AACUCCAGCACGAAAAAGCCUCGACACAGCACGACGCCCGACACCACCCCCGCCUCACCUCCUAACCUGCUCAGCUACACCUCGCUUCUGCCGGACCUACCCUUGUCGCUGUCAACACCAGUCUCGGAAAGUCGCACCCGUUACUCGAACAUUCAGACUUACACGCUGACAGAACUUGUCAACACGCUUUUCUUGUUGCCGGCGUCACAAGUCGUUAAGUGUGCUUGGUUUCGUAACGGGCAGUUAGCCGAGAAGUGCUACCCACAUAUUAUGCAUCGACCUCAACUGUGACAACCUUCACCAGAAGGCGACGCUUGCUUUCUCUUAGAAAACAACGUAAACUCUUGUCUUCCCUGAAGCAAAGGCAGCACGUGACGUCAUCAUGAAUUUAGUGACCGAGCAAAACGUCAUCCGCGUCAAGAUGGCGCUGUUCGGCGGGCUUUUCAUCUUUGGCUUCUUCGUCAUCAUCGCCGUGCCCGUCACCACGAACAAACUCGAUUACUGUCCCCUCUACUUCGACUGGAGCAAAGGCAGGCGAGGACCAGAUUCCAACUGCGGUUAUGUCAUUGCAAUGGCAGUCAUUUUUCAACUGUUCUACACGAUUUAUCGCCUGGUGAUCUUCCUCCUCUUGAUGCUGGGAAGAUUUCCACAAGAAUUUUUCCUGGUGGGAGACUUGUUCGAGCUCAUCUACACAGCGAUCGACACCGCCGCACUGUUCUUGACUUUCAUCGCAGCCUGCAUUUUAUCUGCAGGAAUCAAUGCUACUUGUAACGGAAAUUGCAAUUGGCUUUCUGCCAUCGACAGUAAUGCAUUAAGCAGGAUGCGUACAGCAGAGGCAGGCGCCUGGAUCAGCUUCAUCCUCUGGCUGCUGCUCGUGGUCCUCGGCAUCUUCUGGCUGUUCCGUCAAGGGAAGCUGCCUUUCCUCCGACGGUCGGCUCAAGCCAGCGGCACGUCAGAAGCGACACCUGGCGGACAAACACCUAACAUGGGCACGCCUCCUGCUUCCGAACAGCCGACAUACGAUGAGGCCAAAUAUUAGCUCCAUGUUGCCCUUACUAGAAGCAUUGUCCAGAACAUGAUAAUGUAUUGUGGAAACUGAUACUCGGCGGUUGAAAGGGAUCCUCGUGAGACGGUGAGAUCCUCCUGAGACGGUGAGAUCCCGCAGAACAAAAAAUUUCGUGAGAAGCUAGCUGCCGGGGUACCUGUGUUCUGACUUUCUCAUGGUGCAGUCUUUUGUAAACGGUUUUUUUUUUAAGAGUACCUUUAUGUGUACUGCUUUUUUAUAUUUAUUUUAAAGAUUUUCGUUACUAAUUUCAGCUGAAUAUAAGUGUGUCCUCAAAUUCAUUUCUUUGAUUUUGGUUUGUGCGGCUUAUGAAAGGACGAAUGACAAAGAAACAUGAGUUUAAGGGGAGGUAAUGCAUGCAAGUUUGUAGGACAUUUGUUAUCAUUGGAGCAGGCAUCUAAAUAAUUGUUGUAGGCAGUUGUAAUCUCUCAUACUUUUCUGUAGUAAUAUGUGUGUUUUGCAAGACUAAGAUGUUUCUUCCAGUAAGUUUUUCGUAUUUAAAUGAAUAGUGCAUAAUUGAUAAAAGACUUUCAAUUCUUUUUCAUACUUUAUUGCGGUAGUGCUAUCUGUCCACAAAAGUUUAAGCUAGAGUAAUUUUAGAGGAGCCUUUAAUUCUUAUUUUAGUAAUUUUGUCUAACAGUAGUCAGUAGCCCACAUGAGCAAAGACUUAGUUGGAGACGACAGUCGUACAGGGUUAGGAAUAAUUUCAUUGUGAGUUGUGUCCGCAUGCGGACAUAUAUAACGGUUGCUUUGGGUGAGUGUUUGUGUAGUCACGUGAUAAUAAAUUUCUCACAAAUUGUUAGCAAUAGUCGUUAGCAGGCUGCUUAGAUAACUCCCAUCUGUUUAUGGUUGACAAAAGAUAUGAUGAAUAUCUUGCAGAUUGCUAGAAUAACUUAAACUGAUAUUGUCAUCAACCGUAAAAAAAGUUUUCGCAAACAGUUUGCACUGAGGAGAUCUUUUCUUUGUAUGGACUUUUGUAUUUCUUUUCCGUACAUAAACGUGCCUUAACAUUGUGAGAGUGUCAACCUGGUCUUUUGCGGGAAUUAAGACUGCCUUUAUUUUGUUAGUAAGGAGAAGGCGAGUAUGCUAUGUGUGAGUGAGAGAGAGAGAGGUUGUUUUUUUUCAGUUUAUCGUGCGUUGGCGCCGUUGAUGUUACAGAACAGUCUGAAGAGAUCGACUAAGAGUGUGUUAGUAUCUGCUAAAUGUUUGUCGCAUGUUCUCUUAACUCAAGCAUCGAUGCAACUAACAAGUUUGCAGACAUGCCUAGAGAUUAUGUUCUGAAGCUAUUGCUGCUCUAGGACGAUAGUUAAGAUAUUUUCUUUUUGUUGCUUAUGUAAAACUCAUUCAGACAACAUCAAAGACCUUCGUCUCUGCUCCCUCUCUCUCUCAAAAAAUUUACUUAAUGCGGUAAGAUUUUAUUCCUUUUGAAGAUUUUCCAUUUUUUUCAGAGCGUUAAUCAUUGUGUAACCGAUACUUCAAACUGAAACUGGAUCAACUGUUAACAGCAUUGUACUGCUUUUUUCGUUUUUGUUUUUGUUUUUGUUUUUUUGGUUUGUUUGUUUGUUUGUUUGUUUGUUUGUUUUUUGUAUUACGACAAUGUAAGGAUUUCCUUUAUCGACUGUUACAGCUAGACUUCUGAAGAAGUAAUAUACUGAAAAAUAAGCAGCAUGUCUAAUUUCAAAGAAUCGCUGCUUAGCAUGUCGGUGUUGUUUGUAUUCUAUAGCCCGUCACAUUUCAGGAUAACAACAAGCUGUUUAUACAACAGUUCUCUCUGAUUCAAUCCAACUUUGCUACCUUUAUUGAUAACAUGUUUAUAAAACAGACUUGCUCGAAAUGUCAGUUUAUGUCUAAUUCGUUUCUUCAAGAAAAACAUGGCUUUACAAAUUAAAACAUUUCAUUUUUCA